CGGGUCAUCACGCAUGCUUUUGACCCUGGCCUCCAUUCUGCUGAGCAGCAUCAUGUCCAGCUACGCUGACCUCGACAGCACGAGCCCGCUGAUCAACGUGUCGGCAGUGCAGCGGCAGACGGCUGAGCUCCCCUGUGACGUCACGCCACCGUCACCCGACGACGAGCUGCGAUUGGUGCUCUGGUACUACGGCACUGGAGGCACACCGGUGUACACGUACGACGCGCGGGACCGGGGCAGGUCGCGCGGCGCCCACUGGACGGACGCCAGCGUGGACAGCAGCCGGGUGCAGUUCCAGCCGAACACGCGGCAGGCCCACCUGCGGAUCGGGGCCGUGCGCCGCUCCGACCAGCGGCUCUACCGCUGCCGCGUCGACUUCCUGCACUCGCCCACGCGCAACUCACGUGUCAACCUGACCGUCAUCAGUGAGUGUCUGGCCGUCAUCAGGGAGUGUCUGGCCGUCAUCAGCGCGACACCGCCGCCGACGGUCGACGCCUCCGGGUCAUCACGCAUGCUUUUGACCCUGGCCUCCAUUCUGCUGAGCAGCAUCAUGUCCAGCUACGCUGACCUCGACAGCACGAGCCCGCUGAUCAACGUGUCGGCAGUGCAGCGGCAGACGGCUGAGCUCCCCUGUGACGUCACGCCACCGUCACCCGACGACGAGCUGCGAUUGGUGCUCUGGUACUACGGCACUGGAGGCACACCGGUGUACACGUACGACGCGCGGGACCGGGGCAGGUCGCGCGGCGCCCACUGGACGGACGCCAGCGUGGACAGCAGCCGGGUGCAGUUCCAGCCGAACACGCGGCCGGCCCACCUGCGGAUCGGGGCCGUGCGCCGCUCCGACCAGCGGCUCUACCGCUGCCGCGUCGACUUCCUGCACUCGCCCACGCGCAACUCACGUGUCAACCUGACCGUCAUCACGCCGCCGGGUCGUCCGACCAUCCUGAACGCCGGCGGGCACGCGAUCGAGCGUCUCACCCGGAGGCGGUACCGGGAGGGCGAGAUGGUCCAGCUGACCUGCAGCUCCUCCGGAG